AUGACCCUCGCCUCAAUCCUGACCCCCAACUGGGUCUCAUACAGCGUCUCCACGGCCUCGGGCGGCGUCUUCUCGCGCAGCGUCGGCCUACACCGGAGCUGCAGCUCGGUAGCGGACCCGCCCUGCCGGCCCUUCCCCUCGGCGGAGGAGUGCGGGGACGGCGGCGGGGAGGGGCGGCACUUCUGCUCGGCGUGGCGGACGACGGGCUUCCUCAUGAACCUCGCCGCCGUCGCCGAGCUGGCCGCCCUCGUCGGCUUCCUCGUCACCAUGGCCGGCGGGAGGGCCAAGCGCGAGGCCGGGUGGCGCGUCGUGGCGACCUUGCUCGUGCUGGUCGCCGCGGCGCAGCUCGUGGCUGUUGCUAUUGUUGCAUAUUUGUUCGACAACAAUGACAAGUUCCUCGUCCCCGGCUGGCGACUGGAUACCUCGUGGGUUCUCUGCACCGUCAGCGCGUCGGUCGCGCUGCUCAGCGGACUUGGCUUGGCCGUCUCGGCCUUUGCCCUCCCGCCGGAAGACGGGUACGAGUUCUUGGCCGACCCCGCGGGAGUCUGA